CGCGUUUGAUCUGGAUGAACAUUUAUGGCAGUUUAAUAGUAAGCAAGCUUCCGUAUCUUUCAUCCCGAUAUCACCCGAAAUGCGUAGGUGUAUGCCCCGGUUUAACAGUGUGUGUUGCCGUUUCCGGUCGUGUCCAUCCUCGUAGUCGUCGUCGGCGUCGUCAUCGUUGUCGUCAUCGUCGUUAUCGGCCCGAGUCAACGAGUCUGCUGGCGGAACGGAACCCUGCUGCCAGAGGCCAAACGUUUAUAAAAAGGGUAUUCACGAAGUGGAAGUCCUCGAUUUGCUGGAAGAACGUCGUGGAAAUAACACUUGUUGAACCUAGAGGGAGUUCCAGACUCGCCACUUGACCGUUCGUGCGCUCGUUUCGGUGGCGAAUUCUAACGGUGUAAUUUUCAAAAAAGGGCAGUUUCCGCACAACCACGUUGUACGAAAAAUAAACAUUGAAAAGGCUUGAUAAACGUGAUUAAAUUCUAAUCGGAACGUGUAUGACGUGAGUUUUAUGCAUUAAACGGUGCAAUUUGUGCAAAAUCACUUCCUGAUUAACUGAUCUUUUAUUUUGUAAGUGAAUACGGCUAAGAAACAUUCGUGCCGUAGACUGUUAGACAAACUUGUGCGACGUACAGCAUCGACUAGUGCAUAAGCAUCCACACCUGUUUCAUCUAGGUAGAAUCCUUAUUGUUUCUUCCGCAUAACCAUCCUUUUGCAACAUUCCGACGGUAUAAAGUCUGAUACUUUAAUUUCCAACCCUCAAGACCAUGUGCGUUCUCUGCUGCAGCAUUGUUUCGGUGUUAUUUCGCUAGGGGUUUGCGUAGCCCCUGAUUGUGUAAAACAGUUUGUGAAACUUUCUUUGUGCAACAGUAAAGCAAAAAAGUACCGAAAAUAUUUUCAAGUGAAGUUUAUAACAAGUGUCGAAUAAGUACCAUCUAACCCAGGAAACGCAGCGGACGUAUCGGAAAGUUUACAGUGUUUGUGGCGAGCUAAGCUGUAGAACAAAAUGAAGGCAACACUACGGCUCUGGACGGCGGUGAUGGCACUGGUGUGCGUAAGUCUGCAGGUGUCCGCUUUACCGUACAGUGACGGCCGUGUUGUACAGGAAAACAGCUUGCUCUCGCUGAAAAGGACGAAACCGUCGCUGUCGAUCGUUAACCCACUGGAUGUGCUUCGGCAGCGAAUCAUUCUCGAAAUGGCCCGAAGACAGAUGCGCGAAAACACAAGACAGGUUGAGCUGAAUAAAGCACUACUGAGAGAAAUCGGAAAACGGAGUAGCAACUUAUACGAUGGCUCUGAAUACCCGCUCGACUACACGUACUACGAUCGGAAGCUCUACAAUCAGCAUGCCGCAUCCAAACCGAACCAUGGAAGCCCUGCCGAGGAUGAGCUGGAAGCGAUGGUCGAAAACCUUCUGCACAGCAAUCACCUAGCUGCAAGGGAUUAUGCCGGCAAGCUUCAACGAACGCGCUCGAUCAACGAACGGCAAACGUCCGCAUCUCGGAUGCCGUCCGAUCAGAUGUCCCCGCAAGCUCAAUCAUCCCAGCAGCUCGGCAGUCUUUUCAACAACGAACAGGAAGAUCUCAAGACUAAGGAUCAAGCUCUCAGGCAGUCGGCGGUAGCAGAUCAGGUGGCCCAGGAUCAGGACAGCACGAACGACAACGGUGAGGAGAAUGAUCAAGACGAACAACCGAUUAAUGAUGGUAGCUCCGGUGUGUUAAAGACCGCCCAGGAUGGUAAUGAUCUGCUGGCACCCUCUAAACAUCCGUCGUCGAGCGAUCGGAACAGUGGAACCGAAUUCGGACCACGGUACGUCUACGGUAUGUACAAAAACCGAUACGCGAACUAAGCAGCAAAAGCGAUAUGCCACCAUAUACUAUCGACGACCCACUCGACAACCUUGACGCCCUCUACUGGAACGGUUCUGGAACUAGUACUAUCUUCAAAAAAAGAGAAAAAAAAAAGAUGACAGCAGGUAUAUUGUAUAUCCUAAUUGCCAAACAGAAGUAGAAAAGAAACCAAAAAAAAGAACAACACCCACACACACACACGCAAAACAUAUAACGAAAAAGGAUCGAACGGUGACGAAUUGUUGAUCGUUUGCUAUUUAUUCAAAAGGACUAAUAAAGACACACAUACAAGAAAAAAUAAUCUUAACUACCAACUACUACAAAACACUAACAAAAAAACAAAACAA